AUGCUUUAUAAAGCCGGCUCAAGCGAUAACACACCCAUUAGUCCUCAAGAUAGUUUCAGUUUCCAGCUUGGUAUAUUUGGUAAGAUUAUAAAGCUUAGUGGAGCUCAAGACUUGGUGUCUCUGAUAACAAGUAUAGCCAGGAGGAGACAUCAUCAUCAUCAUGACCAGGGGAGACAUAAGGAAAAAUGUGAUGGGGCCAAGUGGGAUUCCAGGCUUAUUCAAGACUAUAACGUGAGUCUUGUUUUCACGGUUGACUUAAAGGGCUGUGCUAACUUCAGUAGUGUGCAAAAAGCUGUUGAUGCUGUUCCUGAAUCUAGCUCAGAUACCACCCUUAUCAUAAUCGAUUCUGGUGCAUACAGGGAGAAGGUAGUUGUGCAAGCCAACAAAACAAACUUAAUAAUUCAAGGUCAAGGGUAUCUGAAUACGAUCAUAGAAUGGAACGACACUGCGAAUUCCACCGGCGGUACUUCCUAUAGCUACUCCUUUGCCAUCUUUGCUUCUAAGUUCACUGCUUAUAACAUCAGCUUUAAGAACACGGCUCCUCCACCGUCACCAGGAGCGGUUGGGGCACAAGCAGUGGCACUGAGAGUUACCGGUGAUCAAGCAGCUUUUUAUGGAUGUGGAUUUUAUGGUGCGCAGGAUACACUCAAUGAUGAUGGUGGAAGACAUUAUUUUAAAGAAUGCCUUAUCCAAGGCUCCAUUGAUUUCAUAUUUGGAAAUGCUAGAUCACUUUAUGAGGAUUGUACCAUAAACUGUGUGGCAGGAGAAGAGAAGGUUGAGAUUAGCGGGUCGAUCACCGCUCAUGGGAGACAAUCGAAGGAUGAAGAAAGUGGGUUUUCCUUUGUGAAUUGUAGCAUUGUUGGGAGUGGAAGAGUGUGGCUUGGUAGAGCUUGGGGACCCUAUGCCACUGUCAUCUUCUCCACCACAUACAUGUCUGAUAUCAUAGCAGCUGAAGGAUGGAAUGAUUGGAGAGAUCCCUCUAGAGACCAGAGUGUGUUCUUUGGAGAGUACCGUUGCCAUGGACCUGGAGCAAAUUAUACAUCCAGGGUCUCUUAUGCGAAGCAACUCAGGGACUUAGAAGCAAACUCUUACAUGGAUAUUUCCUACAUUGAUGGAAAUGAUUGGCUUCUUAAUUAUCCUCAACGCUAUGUUAACCCUUCAUAA